GGCAUUUGCACAUUUGAGUAGCUUGAAUAAACAUAUGCUUACUCACACUGGUGAACGAGCUCAUAUUUGUAGAAUAUGUGGUAAGAAGUUUAUACAUUUGUGCCAUUUGAAAGAUCAUAUGUUCAUUCACACUGGUGUACGAGCCUAUAUUUGUAGAAUAUGUGGUAAGAAGUUCAUACGUUUGAGUCAUUUGAAUCAACAUAUGCCCAUUCACACUGGUGAAAGCUGUAAUAAAUGUACAAUAUGUGAUAAGACAUUUAGACAAUCGAGUAGCUUGAAACAACAUAUGCUCAUUCACACUGGGGAGCGUCCUAACAAAUGUACAAUAUGUGAUAAGACUUUUAGACAAUUGAGUAGUUUGAAACAACAUAUGCUCAUUCACACUGGGGAACGUCCUAACAAAUGUACAAUAUGUGAUAAGACUUUUACACAUUCGAGUAGCUUGAAACGACAUAUGCUCAUUCACACUGGGGAACGUCCUAACAAAUGUACAAUAUGUGAUAAGACUUUUACACAUUCGAGUAGCUUGAAACAACAUAUGCUCAUUCACACUGGGGAGCGUCCUAACAAAUGUACAAUAUGUGAUAAGACUUUUAGACAAUUGAGUAGCUUGAAUAGACAUAUGCUCGUUCACUCUAGGCAAAAUAUGUGAUAAGACAUUCACAGAUCCAAGUGUCUUGAAUAAGCAUAUGCAAAUUCACAUUGGUGACCGUCCACACAAAUGUAAGAUAUGCAAGAAGGCAUUCAUAUAUUCAUAAAGCUUGACAGGACAAA